GCCUCGAAGACGACUUGAAAGGUCGCCGGAGGAAAUUCAACCGCGGAGCCGGUGUCACUUCGGAGAGGGAAGGAGAUAGCGAGAGAGAAAAGGGAGGACUCCACAGUUGCAAGGAACCACCACCACCCCGCUCCAGCACCGCUUGGGAGGAAUCGCCUUUCUGCCGCCGAGUAUUUCCUCCCCCUUCCCCAAAAUGGAUACAGUUCCUCUCCUCUGGGGAUUCCUACUUCUCCAUUUGGCCGGAUCCGGAGUCAUGGGGCAAGCACCAGCUCAAUCGUGUGGGGGCCGUUUGAAUUCCAAAGAUGCUGGCUACAUCACUUCACCUGGCUACCCGCAGGACUACCCCUCCCAUCAGAACUGUGAGUGGAUCAUUUAUGCCCCGGAACCCAAUCAGAAGAUUAUCCUCAACUUCAACCCUCAUUUUGAAAUUGAGAAACAUGACUGCAAGUAUGACUUUAUUGAGAUACGGGAUGGGGACAGUGAAACAGCUGACCUUCUGGGCAAGCACUGUGGAAACAUCGCUCCUCCUACUAUCACCUCAUCAGGCCCAUCUCUCUAUAUUAAAUUCACCUCAGACUAUGCCCGUCAAGGUGCCGGCUUCUCUCUGCGCUACGAGAUCUACAAGACAGGCUCUGAAGAUUGUUCUAGAAACUUCACCAGUUCGAAUGGCACCAUCGAAUCCCCGGGAUUUCCCGAUAAGUAUCCUCAUAAUUUGGACUGUGCUUUCACUAUCAUGGCCAAGCCAAAGAUGGAGAUCAUCCUUCAGUUUUUAACCUUUGACCUCGAGCAUGACCCCUUGCAAGUUGGGGAGGGAGAUUGCAAAUAUGAUUGGCUGGACAUCUGGGAUGGUAUUCCUCAAGUUGGCCCCUUGAUUGGCAGGUACUGUGGCACGAAAACCCCUUCAGAGAUCCGUUCAACGACUGGCAUCUUAUCGCUCACAUUCCACACUGAUUUGGCGGUGGCUAAAGAUGGCUUCUCUGCUCGCUAUUAUUUGGUUCAUCAGGAGGUGCCAGAGAAUUUCCAGUGCAACAGCCCGCUGGGGAUGGAAUCUGGCCGCAUCUCCAACGAGCAGAUCUCUGCCUCCUCGACUUACUCUGAUGGCAGGUGGACCCCCCAGCAGAGCCGACUCAAUAGCGAUGACAAUGGAUGGACUCCUAAUGUGGAUAACAACAAGGAAUUCCUGCAGGUGGAUCUUCGCUUUCUGACCGUGCUGACGGCCAUUGCUACGCAGGGAGCCAUCUCCAAAGAAACGCAGAACGGGUACUACGUUCGGUCAUACAAACUGGAGGUCAGCACAAACGGCGAGGACUGGAUGAUGUACCGCCAUGGCAAAAACCACAAAGUGUUCCAGGCUAACACUGAUGCUUCUGAAGUGGUUCUGAACAAAAUCCAUGCUCCCGUGCUGACUCGGUUCGUGCGGAUCCGGCCCCAAGUUUGGCAUAGUGGAAUCGCCCUCCGACUGGAGCUCUUUGGCUGUCGGAUCACAGAUUCGCCCUGUUCAAACAUGCUGGGUAUGCUUUCCGGACUCAUCCCAGACUCCCAGAUCUCUGCUUCCUCUACCAGGGAGUAUCACUGGGUCCCCAGCGUAGCGCGCCUGGUCAGCAGCCGCUCAGGAUGGUUCCCACGCAUCCCUCAAGCGCAGCCUGGCGAGGAGUGGCUGCAGGUCGACCUGGGAGUCCCGAAGAACGUGAAAGGCGUGAUCAUCCAAGGGGCCCGAGGUGGCGACAGCAUCAGUGUGGCCGAGGCCCGAGCUUUCGUGAAGAAAUUUAAAGUGGCCUACAGCCUGAAUGGGAAAGACUGGGAAUCUAUACAGGACCCCAAAACAAUGCAGCCUAAGAUAUUUGAAGGAAACAUGCACUAUGAUACCCCUGAAGUUCGGCGGUUUGAUCCUGUUCCUGCACAGUACAUCAGGGUUCACCCAGAAAGGUGGUCCCCAGCAGGGGUCGGGAUGCGACUGGAGGUGCUCGGCUGUGAUUGGACUGAUGUCAAGUCUACUGCAGAGACACUGAAGCCCACUGUGAAGGGAGAGGAGAUCACCACCCAGUUUCCCACUGAUGAAGAGGCAACAGAGUGCGGUGAUGGCUGUGUGGAGAAUGGAGAUUUCCAGAUCCCUAUAGGAUUCAACUGCAACUUUGAUCUUCCUGGAGGCCUUUGUGGUUGGACGCAUGAUACCUCUACAGGGUUUACAUGGGCUUCCCAUUCUAGAAGCACCUGGACUAGCCAUUCGGGACCAGGCUUUGGGGCCUACCCAGCAGAUGGCACGAAUUAUUUGAGGUUGCAGAGCAGCGUAAGAAGAGAGAGGCAACACGCCCGGAUCAUGAGCCCCGUGGUCUUUUUGCCCAGGAGUGCCGUGUGCAUGAUGUUCCGGUACCAGGUAUCCGGUGGGAGCGGGACGGUGCUGCAGGUCCGAAGGGAAGCAGUGCAUGAGAACAAACUGCUGUGGAUCAUCAGGGAAGACCAAGGGGACGAGUGGAGAGAAGGGCGGAUUCUCCUGCCUAGCUUUGAUAUGGAGUAUCAGAUUGUGUUUGAGGGAAUCAUAAGCAAAGGACAUUCGGGAGAGAUUGCCAUCGGUGAUGUCCGGAUAGGCACUGAUACCUCCUUGGAGAACUGUAUGGAACCCAUCGCAGCUUUCCCUGGUGAACACACCUUUGAAAUUUCAGGGGGCACCCUUCUGCCAGGGAGCGAGCCCACAGUGGACACGGUGUCAGUGCAGCCCAUCCCAGCCUACUGGUAUUACGUUAUGGCCGCCGGAGGUGCUGUUCUGGUUCUGGUCUCCGUCGCGCUGGCCCUUGUGCUCCACUACCACCGAUUCCGCUAUGCGGCCAAGAAGAGUGAUCACUCCAUCACCUACAAAACCUCCCACUAUGCCAACGGGGCCCCUCUGGCGGUGGAGCCAACCUUAACAAUAAAACUAGAACAAGACCGCAGCUCGCACUGCUGAGAGUGAACACAGGAACACAAUAAAAACAGAACAGGAAUUAAGACUUCAGAUACGUUGCCUCAAUUUUGCACUUUUCUCCUUGCCCAGCAUAUAUGUGAACUCAAGACAUCUCUUUCCCCAGCCCUUUGUUCUUUUACAAACUCCUAACUAUAAUGCUGCAUCUUGGAUCGCGAGAAGAGACUCACCUCCCCGCUGUCUCUUUGAAAGUGAAUGCUCCUUUAUUUUGGUUUUUCAAAGACUUGAUUUUGGUUUUUCCCAGUAGACAACUUGCAAGGAAACUCGGUAGCGAGUCAGGAGGGGUAUGCAAGAGUAUAGGUGUGUGUGCUUGUAUAUCUCUAUCUCUAUCUCGAUGUAUGUAAGUGUGCAUGUGUGCGUGAUAUCGGCUGGAUGGCUAUUUGGAAAGGUCCUUUGGGACUUGCUUGUAACCGCUAAGGCUUUCACAGGGAGUGCUUUUUUCCUGCCCUGCCUCGUGGAAGGCCCGGAAUACCUUUUUAAUGACGAAUACACUGAUUUGUUUACUUGGAGAAGUGAACGAUGUUUUUUGUUGCCUUAUCUAGCUCUGGCUGGGUUUAUGUUUGAUAUCUUUAAGAAAGUCAGCAGGUUCAGACUGGUGGAGAAAGGAAAGGCUGCAGCCAAAGGAAAAAAAAAAAAUAUGGCAAGCAUAAAAGAGAGAGAGAGAGAGAGAGAGAGAGGAAAAAAACAAGAAAAGGGAGAAAAAAAGAGCCACAGUGGACGAUGGGACGUACCCAGAAAGGAUUGGAGAUGAUCAGAUCUAAGAUCUUAUAGUGUUUCCCCGCCCCCCCAGACGUCACGAAAACAUAGCCAUCGUUUUGGUAGUGGAAUUAAUCCCUCGACAAAACAAAUCUUUUUCAAGUUGCCUUAUACAAGAGAAGCUCACAAUGAAUGUUCCGUUUAUGCGUUAAACCCAGCCUUAGAGUCAUGCAUAGACAUCAGUACAUCUGAGGUUUUGGAAAAUGCUAUAGGUCAUAAAUCUGAGGUUUAUUUAUUUUGAUUAGUAAACCUCACUCUUAGCGAUGCUUUCUUUUCUUAUUUUGUGAGAGUAAGGAAAUUUCUUCCUUGUAUUUUUACUAGUAAUUUACAAAAGACAAAGAAUGGUUUCCCCUCCGUUUUCUCUCUCCAAGUUCACAUAAAUGGCUGACCGCCCCCAGUCAAUGUUGGCGGUCAUGUUGCUUCUUAAGAUGUCGGUAAUGACAUCCAUCAACCAAAACCCUAAGAAUAGGGCCUGCUAAAAUCCAGAUAUCUCUGCAUCUUUUAACGAAGGAGGCAUAAUGGAGUCCGCGAUAAGCCUCUAUCUAUUGAUUUGCUCUGAAGUAAUGCAAUGGAAAUGCCUUAUAUAGAUUAACAAGUGAUAACACACAAAGGUGGUUGGAAUUGUUCAGUCUGAUAUAUUUUCAGGCAAAAAUACAUCUCCACUGAACACAUUGUUUGCUUUAAAAAAGCAUUGUUUGCUUUUAAAAAAUCCAGUAAAGACUAGUUGUUAUAUGCUUCUCAAAAUUACUAUCCACCCCUUUUUCCUCAUGGAAACAGGAACUUGCAGUACAAGCCUAUAUACAUCUACUUGGAAGUAAGCUCGAUUGAGUUCAGUGGGACUUCCUCCCAUGUAGGUAUGUAUAGGAUUGCAACCUUAGAGCAUAGAAUUUUUGUGCUGGGGUGAAAGCCAUGGGUGCAUUCCAUUGGGGGCAUCUUUUAUACAAGCCCUACUAAAAUCAGUUUACUGAAACACUGGUGCCCCUUUGAGCAACUCCCAUUGAUUUAAUUGUGUAGGACAAAUUCCCAGUGGACUGAAUCCCAUGUAUACACAGGGUUGGCAUGGGUCAUGAAAGAGACUGGAUAUUCUUUGCCAGUUUCCCAAAGGAUCACUUUAUCUAGGGAUGUAGGUCACAUCCUUCCACCCUGUGUUGUUCAGGUAGCAUGCUCUAGUGCAUGAAGCAAAUUUACUCUGCCGAGAUGCUUGCUUAGCUGGGUUAACGCCACACAGUGCUGUUUAGUAGAGAAACUGGUUUUUUAAAGUCCAGAGUAUAUAUGAUUAAAAAAAGAGUGUGUGUGCUGAUAAACUACAUCUGGAAAGAAAGGAUAUGUGAGAGCAUCUCAUAUCAGAAAAUGGGGAGGGGGGCAGGCAACCCUCUUCAAAGAGGGCCUCUGAGCAAGGUGACUUCAUCUUAGGUCAGGAAAUAAUCCGGAAGUCACCACUUAAGAUGUGUUUUGUCAGCUCUGUGGGUCCCAGUAAAACUUCUUCCAGUGUGGAAGUAAUAUGUUGAUUUCUAUAGCACUGGUACUUGUGAUAGGAAAUCCCCCAAAUGAAGCAAUGACAGAUAAUGGUGAACUUGACUGUUCUAUCCCGCUGAUUUUCUUGAUCUUGCCCCUAACAGUAGUCAAGUGUAAAUAAAUCCAGCAGUAUUCCAGAUUUCACACUGGGUCGAAUAUGCCCAAUCUAGCUGUGUUUAAUCUGAUGGAGAUAGCCCAUUUAAAAAAAAAAAAUCGCCAAAGACUGCCCUGCCAACCCCUGAUUUUUACUGCCACCUUUCACCCCCCCUCCCCUUACAGCUGUGACAUCGUCAGCAUCACCCAGUUGCCUGUGUGUGAAAAUAUCUUGUGGAAUUUUGAAAUUCUUGACAAUGUAUUGUGUGGAAUGUAAU